AUGACUACACGUAACGACGACACCCAAUUGACACUUAAUAUUCCACCACCCCCAUUCCCCCCCAUAAUAAAUGCACAGGAAAAUUUGACUGUCCCAACAAUUAGAUCCAAUGCGCGUAGCCCCAACGCAUUUUUUGUUUAUCGUAAGGCGUUCACUAGACAUCUUCUGCAAUUGAACUAUCAUUUGCCGAUGACCGAAGUCUCGAAGUUUGCUUCAACGUACUGGCAAAACGAGCCAGAAGAUGUUAAAGAAGUGUACAAAAAAUUGGCUCGGGAAGUUAAACAGGAAUUAGAUCGAAUUAGAAGAAAUCCACAACAUUCCCUCAUGUAUAUAUCCAUAAUGACCCCGGGGGAUGUUGUGGAUUCUUCAAAGCAUUCCUUCACUGAUGCAAACGUCACUUGGGAUCCUGCACCAAAUAAUUGUAAUAUUAGUGAGUCAUCCAAUUCAAGUGAUAAUCAUUAUUUGCCGGGUAGGGAUCAAGAGCUCUACGGAGAAAGCGCUCUGGAUUGGUAUUUGCGAGACGUUAUUCCCUAA